AUGCUCGUUGAACUUCUCUCAUACAACCCACCACCAGAGGAACCGUACGGUGCAAUAUUGAAUGAAACAUUUGCGACGACUGUGGUCGCUCCGCAUUUCUCCACUACAAGCGUAUGGUCGAUAAGGAUUCAGCUCAUCCCCCCAAUGGGAAUCUACCAUUUCAAUGGAAUCGCCUUAUUCCUCCUACCAAUUCUAUGUCUGGUUGGAUUGAUUGGCAACUUCAUGGUAUGCGUGGCUAUUGCGACGGAUCGCAGACUGCACAAUGUCACUAACUACUUUCUGUUCUCACUGGCUCUGGCUGAUCUUCUUGUCUGCUGUAUCGUUAUGCCGCUUAGCAUAGUCGUCGAAGUACGACAUGGCGUAUGGACAUGGAGUGUCUCCAUGUGUCUACUCUACGUCUACUCCGACGUCUUCCUAUGCUCUGCAAGUAUAGUCCACAUGUCUGUCAUCUCAUUAGACCGAUAUCUCGGAAUUUCCCAGCCGCUUCGCAACCGCAAUAGAUCAAAAACAUUGAUAUUCCUCAAAAUCACUAUUGUGUGGGUUGUCACUCUUCUUGUCUCGUGUCCGAUAGCCGUGCUGGCUAUGAAAGACACCGCAAACAUUUUGCAAGACAAUCAAUGCAUGAUCUUCAGUCGAUAUUAUAUUGUCUAUGGUUCAACGAUGACCUUCUUGAUACCAUUUGGCAUAAUGUUAGUAACUUAUACAAAAACUACAAAGUUAUUGAAGAAGCAAGCAUCCAUAUUGAGUCAGAGAGCAGAUGAUAAGUCAAAUGGAAAUGGUCUCCGGAGGACUAUGCCGCAUAGGAAACUAGGUUAUGCCAGAACCUAUUCUGCAACUGUCAACGGUGCGCAUGCAAACGGAAGAACGAUCGGAGUACAUGGAAGAACAAUGUCAAACAUCUCAAAUGUUGAGAACGGAGACUCAGAACGUCUGGGUACAAAUCGCCCAUCAAUCAAUCGGAAUGGCCACAAGACACUGCAAAAAGCAUCGACGAUCAACAGAUGGAAGACCAGAACAUCUGACCUUUACAAUGCAAUCACCAAUAAAGUCAAUCGUCGUAGCUCUCUUCAGACUGCUACCCAAGACCUUGCUAACGAACACAAAGCCACCCGUGUUCUUGCUGUAGUGUUCGUCUGCUUCUUUGUCUGCUGGACACCAUUCUUUGUCAUUAACUUCAUCGCUGGAUUCUGUGGCCACCAAUGCAGUCUUCCACCAUGGGUCGGAUCUCUCUUCCUUUGGCUCGGAUAUGUCUCCAGUACUAUUAACCCAAUCAUUUAUACUGUAUUCAACAAGAGAUUCCGUCAAGCGUUUGUCAGAAUUCUCCGCUGUCAAUGCUUCCACCCACUUCGUGAUUCUCAUCAAAUGUAUUCUCGCAACUAUACCACAACAAUUGUUCCGGAUACAUACACUUGCUCGAGAUCAAAUCAUGAACGCACAACAUCAGUGGUUGUUCGUGAUGAGACCAGAUCUGCCAGAAGUGUGGAUAGAUCGGAGACAAGCCGAGCAAGAUCUGAGAUUGCAGAAGUACCUGCUGGAAGAUCUAGUGGAAAAUUGGUUUCAGAUAAGAAAAAGAUCUCCCUUCCAUCAUUCCCACGUGCUACCUCUUCCCGAGAUUCUCGUGCAACAACUGAAGAUACUACAACAGAUGAAGAGAACAAGCCACUUCUCCCAAAGACACCAGCAACUGCAGCAACUAUUAUCAACAUUCCAGAUCAUUUUGUGAAUCCAAUUCGGAAAUCGAUCACCACAAUUAUCAACAUGCCACCAUUAAAUGAAGAAAAAGCUCAAGUCCACCAUAAAAGUCAAACACUCUUGACAACAUCCACUCUCAGCACCAAACCAUCAAACGGUACAUCUCAACCAAUCAGAUCGAUGUCCUGUGUUGACUGUAAAAAAGCUGAUAAGAUGUUGGCAUCCGAUGUAAGCGAUAUGAUGACCGCCUCCACUGCUAGUACUGCUUCCACUUCAAAUGACGCUUCAAGACGCCAUCUUACUCUUUUCAAUCACUUUGAUAGUGCUGUUAAGGAAACAUUCUUGUAA